AUGUCUUACCCCCCUGGCUCCUGGCUUGGGGGGGAUGUUAUAUCUUCUAGGGCAUUUGGGGAAUCCAACUUCCCCGAGUCCUAUUUUCUGGAUGGAAACGACUCUGUCCCUUUUGCCGUGAACUCUGAAACUCACACUUCAGAUAAUUACCCAACUUCGAUAUCAGGGACCUUACCCAUAAGUAUUACAUCACCAAAUGGUAGGGCAUAUCUGAGUCAAUACUCUAAUCUGGAGUCCGUGUCUCAAACGAUUCAACCGCAGUUACAGUUACGCACUACUGCUUUUGACUCGCAGACCUGUAUACACCCCCAGAACAUGGCGAUCUCCAAUGGUUAUACCAGUACGCGAAUGGGACACCACCUCCAGAUCAGCACUCAACCUCAGAUCCAUCCAAUUCAUAGCCAUGAUCCUCAUGUACCAGAUGGUAUCGCACAUGCAAAUGCCACCAAUCGACCGUCAAGCCAAGAACCUAGCAAAAUGAAAGGAUUAAUGUGCCGUUGGGCCGGUUGUGUAUACGAUAAACCGUUCAACAGAUAUGAAGAUCUAUGGAGGCAUAUAAAGGAUCUUCAUCUUCCUCUGUCGUAUAAAUGUGGCGUCAAUGGCUGUUCUCUGGUGUGCAGCAGGAAAGACAAGCUGAAGAGACAUAUUGUCAAGUGCCAUCCUACUGUGGCAGAAACCUGGAAGUGGUGGGUGAUUGAACUUCCUUAA